UAUUUGUGACCAGUUGGCCACCAUUUUGCCAGCUCACAAAGUAAUCCUCAGUACAAAAGUGAAGUUUGAGGAUAAGUUACAGCCAGUUAUUCUCUGUGGAUAUAAGGUUCUGGAGUGGUUUCCAAAGUUGUGUGAUUUGCUCUGCAAACUGCCCCAUAGCUCGCCCUUGCUCUAGGCCCUGUUUCUCUGAUCUUGAGAAUGUUCUAGAAUUCUCUAGGCAGGCCUAACUUCUUCCUUUAAGGUCAGGAAGAAAAAUCCCCCCCCUUCACAAUUUGAACACCCCCAGCAAAGGAACGUUUGGGUAUUUUAUUCACUCCUACAUUUUGGGUGCCUGGCAAUUGUUGAUCUCAAUAACUUGUUUCUGGAAAGAACAAACGUCUUGAAUGCCAAGCGGGCCUGCCUACCUGAUGUUUCCAAUCCAACCCCAUCUCCCUCACACUUGAAAGAAAGUCAUCCAAGUUUCUGGACUUUUGAUGUCUCCCUCCCUGUUCUUCAUAUAUGUCUUUCUGUUUUCUAUUUCUGUUGCCAUUUAAAUUGAUUUGGGGGCUGAUGAUAGGGAUAAUCGCCAUUGGGCUAUUCCUGGGCCUUUGGGACGCCAUUUUGAAACUAGAGCCUGGACACAUUCAAAUUUUGUUUUUAAUUUUAACACAUAUUUGAGUGUGCAGACUUAUUUCAGGUGUGCUUCUAAGGCACUUUCGGGACUUUCUGUAUAUCUGUGGGUCCGUCGGCACGCCCUUCGGGAAGUGGCGCCUCUAAGGGGUAUGCUGUCGGCCCGCGCGCACCCCUUGCGCACCCCUGGCUGGCGCCGCCGUGCCCCGCGAGCCCCCUCUGAGGGGGGCGGGGGCGCGGCCGCCCAUUGGCUGAGGCACCUCGGACGAGCCCCCCCACACCCCGCGCAGGAGCCACCUCCGGGCGCCCUGCUCGCCGCGCCUCAGUCCGCCAGCACCCCUCAGCCUCGCCAGCUGCCUGCGGGUCGCUUUGCUUAUCCGCUUCUGCUUCCUCUGCCCACUCGAAGCCGGACAACAGGCACCAGCAGGCCUACAGCAGCCCCGAGCACGGUGCUGAAGCCAGCCUCUGCUCCUCCAGUCCCUCGGUGGGAACACUGGCUGUCGCAGUAAUGUCUGCUGCAAAUCCUGAGACUCCAAACUCAACUAUCUCCAGAGAGGCCAGCACCCAGUCUUCAUCAGCUGCAACCAGCCAAGGCUAUGUUUUACCAGAAGGCAAAAUCAUGCCAAACACCAUUUUUGUUGGUGGAAUUGAUGUUAGGAUGGAUGAAACCGAAAUUAGAAGUUUCUUUGCUAGAUAUGGUUCAGUAAAAGAAGUGAAGAUAAUCACAGAUCGAACUGGUGUGUCCAAAGGCUAUGGAUUUGUUUCAUUUUAUAAUGACGUGGAUGUGCAGAAGAUAGUAGAAUCACAAAUAAAUUUCCAUGGUAAAAAGCUGAAACUGGGCCCUGCAAUCAGGAAACAAAAUUUGUGUGCCUAUCAUGUGCAGCCACGUCCUUUGGUUUUUAAUCCUCCUCCUCCACCACAGUUUCAGAGUGUCUGGAGUAAUCCAAACACUGAAGCUUACAUGCAGCCUCCAACCAUGAUGAAUCCUAUAACUCAGUAUGUUCAGGCUUAUCCUCCUUACCCAAGUUCACCAGUUCAGGUUAUCACUGGUUAUCAGCUGCCUGUGUACAAUUAUCAGAUGCCGCCACAGUGGCCUGCUGGGGAACAAAGGAGUUAUGUUAUUCCUCCGGCUUAUACAGCUGUUAACUACCACUGUAAUGAAGUUGAUCCAGGAGCUGAAGUUUUGCAGAGUGAAUGCUCAGUUCAUGAAGCUGCUCCAUCCUCUGGAAAUGGCCCACAAAAGAAAUCUGUGGACCGAAGCAUACAGACAGUGGUAUCUUGUCUGUUUAAUCCAGAGAACAGACUGAGAAACUCCCUUGUUACUCAAGAUGACUACUUCAAGGAUAAAAGAGUUCAUCACUUUAGAAGAAGUCGAGCAGUGCUUAAGUCUGUUUGAUCCUCUCUCCUAACUUUCUAGUCCCAUGGGAAAUUGCAGGUUUUGAGUAAUGAGAAGGGACUGAAAGUUUUUCCACUCUUAUAGAAAUUUAAAUCUGAAUUUUGAUAAAUCACACUCAGACUUUCUAUACAAGUUAGAUUACCUAGUUUUAUUUUACAUUGAAGCUAUUUUUCAUUAGACGUUUACUUAGAAACUGGUUCUGUGUUGAAUAUGUAGUUAAAAGUAAAAAAUAAUUGAUACUGAAAGAAUAACUUUAAGAUUUAUUUGUAAGGAUUUUUUAAAUAGACUUUUUAAGAGUUUAAAAGCAAAUACUGAUUUUCAAAAUAUUGUUUUAGAGAACCUGUUUUGAAAGGUCAGAAUUUUGAUAGUUUAAAUAUAAGCAUUUCAUUUCUCCAGGCACCUAUGAACAGUACAGUAUCUACAAUAUUGUGCUUUACAUUUAUGAUUAGUUUUGAAAUUUACCACAAAAGCAGAGUUUUUUAAACUGCAAUUUUAAUCAGUGGAACUCAGUAUAUAGUUAGCUUUAUUGAUGUUUCUUUGUCUAAACCCAGUAAAACAUAUUCCAAACAGUCCAAUCAGUGGGUCUUACAUUUAUUCAAAAUGUUUUAUCUUUUAUCUAGAAUCCACACAUAGAGAUAACCGAUUGGGAUGGUAAUUAGGAUAACUAAAAUUCUGGGCCUCAUUUUUUUUUAAAGAAUCCAAAACAAACUAAACUUUACUAGGUACAUAAGCUUCUUGGUGAGUUUCCAUUCUCCUUUUUUUUUUCUUUUUUUUUUUUUUCAUGAAAUGCUAAACUCGAUGGCGGUAUCUUAAAUUGUGCAAAAUAUUCGUAUUGAGGAAGGCUGAAACUUUUUUUAUGUCACUUGAAAGUUAAUCAGAGUAUCUGAAAGGAAUUGUUUUUCUAAAAACAUUAAAAUAUUAGUUAUUUGUUAAAGAACAGGUAAAAUUUUUACUUUUGUUUUUUAACCUAUUAUAUAUUUUUUUUUAAGUAAAAUAUGUCCAGGAGAGUGAAAGUAAUUUUAGCAUUUCUAAACCACAAAUGUUUAGUAAUAAGCGUAUCCCCAAAAUAUACUUGAGUUAGAGUAAACAAUCCAUUUCUAAUUAGGUAGGCUCCUUGUUAGAUGUCGUAAAUCGUGAUGAGCAGUAGAAGUGCCAGAACCCCUUUGCUGACCCACAGUCUUGGUUUUCUAGUCUGUAGCACCAUUCUUCCAGGAGGUUUGCUUCUAGAAUAGGUGAUGUAAAGAAAAGUAGCAGUAUAAGCAGUUUGAGGGCAGUCAAGCCUUGGGCAGGUAGGGAAACUUGUAUCAGCAUCAUUUGACCUGUUGGGGACAUGAGUUCAAAGUGGCUUUCUGGCUUUUCUUUCAUUGGCCAGUCCCUCACUACAACAUGUAGACUCCAAUUUAUCCCUAUCUUAAUGAAGUUCCAGGGACCAUAUCAUCAGUGCCCAUUGUUAUCUCAUAAUUCCUAAUAAUUUUCAUUCUGAAUCUGAAGGGAAGAGUCUUUUAACUUAAGGAUUCCCAAGAAGGCUUUCUUAUGCCUUAGAAUGUAAAAGUGCCCUAAAAUUUGUCCUUUUUAAAAUUCUCUAUACUUUUUUUUGUGCGUGCUAUAACAUUCUUACAUGUAUUAUUCUGUGAUUAAAUCUCUGGGUUACUAUAAAUGAUACCUAAAUUCUAAAGAGCCAGUUCUAAUUAUCCCAAUAUGACUUUAUGAAAAGGGAGGGAAUAAAUUUUGUCUGCUGUUUUGUUGGACUGAUUUAAAAGAGUAAGGUAGAAGAGACAAGAUCCUGAACCUUUCAGAAUGGAGAAUUAAUUUUAAACUUAAAAGUUUGUUCCCAUUACUAUACUGAUACUGUCUUUGAAUAAAUGAAUAAAUAAAGAAACUUUUUUUUUCAAAA